AGGAAAUGUCAAAAUUCGAUGACAUUUCAUCAGUCCAGUUAGUCAGCUGUUUGUGAUUUCUCUGUCGUGUUUCUGUUGUCGACGCUUAAAGCCAUCCUAGUACCUGAGCAAAACAUGUUUCCCUCGAAAAACCCCCGCAUUACUCCUAAUUAGUCCAGUAAAACCUCGAACACGUAAGAUGGCUGUGCCGAAAAUCACAGACUACGAGAUCCAGGAGAAGCUUGGCGCUGGUAGCUACGCGACAGUCUACAAAGCGCGCCACAAGAAGACGAACACAUUCCACGCCAUCAAGUGCGUGCAGAAGUUGUCGCUUUCCAAGUCAGCCACGGAUAAUCUAGUCACGGAGAUUCGGCUGCUGAAGAAUCUCUCGCACAAGCACAUCGUAGGCUUGACCGACUUUUUCUGGGAUGAAAAGUUUAUCUACAUCGUCUUGGAGUACUGCAAUGCGGGCAACCUGUCCACCUACAUCCGACAGCGCAAUGUGCUACCGGAAGCCACUUGCAAGUACUUCCUCCGCCAGCUGGCGGCUGCGGUGCAAUAUAUGCGCUCGAACGACAUUUCUCAUUUUGAUCUCAAGCCCCAGAAUCUGCUGUUGACGCGGACGCCGAAUGUGGUGCUGAAAGUGGCGGAUUUUGGGUUCGCAGAGCACUUGGAGCUCGGUGAAAGCAACUACACGCUGAAGGGCUCGCCGCUAUAUAUGGCGCCUGAAAUCGUGCUCAAGCGAAACUACGACGCCCGAGCGGAUCUGUGGAGUAUUGGCGUGAUAUUGUACGAAUGCCUGUUUGGCCGGGCGCCGUACAGUUCCAAGACGAUUGAGGAGCUGAUGGCGCGGAUCAAGAAGCAGGAGCGGAUCGCGAUCCCGACAAAUGCGAAGAUCAGCGGAGAAUGCGAGGAUUUGCUGACGCGCCUGCUGCAACAUGAUGUCUCGAAGAGGAUAACGUUUAAGGAGUUUUUUGAACAUCCUUUCCUGGACCUGAAACAUUCCCCAAAUGAGCAGUAUGUUAUCAUAUUACAGAGCCUCCAGAAGGCUGUCUCGUUAGUCACAAAAGCUGUUGAACAGGAUGAAAAGCAAAACUACAAGGAAGCCUAUCAUUUAUAUUGCAAAGCCCUUCAGUAUUUUGCCCCGCUUAUUGCCGAUGAAAGUGAUGCGGCCAAACGACAAGCGCUUCGUAGUCGCGUGAUAUCCUACAUAAAUCGAGCAGAAGAAAUCAAAACUGGGAUGACAAUUGCACGGAAUCAAAAUUCGCCGGCCAGUAAACCAGUUACAACGUCAAUGAGUGAUAUUAUGGAACCGAAUGCUAGAUUCAAACAACUUUACUCUCUUUGUUCAUCAAGUCCUAAUAUUCAAAAUGGUUUGGAUAUCGGUAGACAAGCGGAGCUUUAUACCUACGAAAGACGAUUUGACUCAGCCUUGCAAUCGUUUACGUCUGCGUUGAGCAUUUUAGUGCCUCUAUUGAAUAGCGAGCCAAAGGGAGAACGGCGAACGUUACUUUACCAACAGGUUACUGACUGGAUGAAAGAAGCCGAAAGUAUUAAGGCAUUACUAUCCGCAAAAAAUGUUGACGAGGAACAGAAAACUCUACAUAAUUGCAGCUUACAAUGAAUUCGUUCUGAUAUUUAUUAUGACGAUUCCUAUUUAGAAUAUUUUUAAUGGACAGAAUUUGAAUAAAUUUCUAAGUGUAUUUGUUGAAAAAUAUGCGUUCGUUGUGCUUUUAAACUACUUUUAACUUGUACUUUUAUCGGUAAGAUCAGCUAUUUACAUUAUACUGCUAAAAGUCGA